GAUAAUGGAUUCCAGCUUUUUUCCCCUAAGGAAGAUGCUAGACUAACUAGUGUACAGUUUUCUGCUUUCUGUUUCCAUCCUUUCCUUGCAAUUUUCCAAUCUUUUGGGGCUUCUCCAGAAUCCAGGAAAUGUUGACAGCUUAUAACCCAUGUAUCCAUUGUCUCUACAGUUACCUUUUUUUAAGACCCAAGGGUCCAGGCCAUCAGGUCCAGGGGACUUAGUACAUUUUUACUAAUUAUAGAGAUCGUUUUAAGUUCCUCCAUCUCCAUAAUCCCUUUAUUAUUCAUUAUUAUCUAAUGUUAUUUGUGUUUUCUACUGUGAAGAUGGAGCCAAAAUAUUUAGAGAAAUGGCAAAGAUUCUAUUUCCCAAUUUCAUCCUCUAAGGGACUAAUAUUUACUUUUGCUGCCCUCUUCCUUUUUAUAUACUUUUGCAUAUUAUUUUUGUUGUUCUUUCUCACUAGAAUAUACUACUGACAGGAUAUGCAAACCAAUGUCAGAGUCCUCUCCCAAGCCUACAUCCCCAGCAUCACAGUUCUAAUUACAUUCAGGUUUCACUGGAUAGGCUGCAUUACUUGGAUGCCGAACACAAGAACACUGGAGCAAACACUCUAUUCCAAACUCCACCAUGGCAAGGGAUUAUCAAGUGGAUAAACACAAAAGGUUCAAGUACAUUCUUAAAAUCUCCUGGGAAAAAAAAUUAACAUCCCCAACAUGGGAAUUCCUGACCCAUGAAGACUCAAAAUGGGGCAUUGGAGAUGGGAUUGGGAAUCUUGCGUUCAUCCUUACAAUGCACACAGAAGUUCAGAAUAAAUAGCAGAAGGAGUGCAUCCACUUUGAAAAUGCCCAUCCCCUCAGAGACUUUCUGCACCCAUGGGUCCCACCCUAGCCUCAUCGGUCACCCUAGAACCCACAGAACUGGAAUAGAAGCAAAUAGUCCUCCGACCACGAAGAUGAUAAAAGGCAGACACAGGAGAUUCUGCAGAUGCUGGAAAUCUGGAGCAACACAGAAAAUGCUGGAGGAACUCAGCAGGUCAGGCAGCAUCCAUGGAGGGAAAUGGACAGUCGACGUUUCGGGCCGAGACCCUUCAAUGAGGACUGGCCUUCAUCAGGAAGGUGGAAGGCAUUCAUGACAGAAGCUCACGCAUUCAGAUGGGGAGAGUGUUACACGAACGCGGGUCGAUGCCGGCAGUAUCUCCAUCCCUGACGAACCCGACUCCCAGCCGCGAAGCCCGCACUCACUUCCGGGUGAGGGGUCGCCGCGCCGGUGUUGCGUUUCCUCCGUUAAAGGUCAGUGUCGGAGGGAACCUGCGCGUUUGCAGAGGAGGGAGCGGAGGCUGGCGGCGGCGAUCACUACCCGGGGCAGCAGCAGCGACAGCACGGCCAUGUCAGCGGAGGCGGAGAGCGCACCGAAGGAGGCCGGCGCGGGCAAUACGGCGGCCGGCGAGGACGAGGAGCACUGGCUGUACGGAGAUGAAAACGACCCCAAUAAACAGGAGGAGGAAGCGGCCGUUGACAGCACUGAAGCACCAGCUCCAACUGCUGCUGUAGAAGAAACUAGAGGGAAUGGUGUGGUGAAAAUGAAUCCUGCAGCUGAGGGGGAGGAUGAAAGUGACAGUGAUAGUGAUGACGAUGAUGAUGAUGUUCAAGUCACCAUUGGUGACAUAAAAACUGGAGCACCGCAGUACACCUACGGCGUAACACCUGUAAAUCUCAAUAUCAAGUCUUCAGGUAGACUUUAUGGAUCAGGAACAAAAGCUGGAAAGGGAGUUGACCUUGAUGCACCUGGUGACAUCAAUGGGAUCCCAACAUUAGAAAUAGACUUGGAUUCUUUUGAAGAUAAACCUUGGAGAAAACCAGGUGCUGAUCUUUCUGAUUAUUUCAAUUAUGGUUUCAAUGAGGAGACCUGGAAAGCCUACUGUGAGAAACAAAAAAGACUGAGGAUGGGUCUUGAACCUCUUCCUCUUGCCUCAACUACGAAUCGAAUUACAGUACAGCAGGGUAGAACUGGAAAUCCUGAGAAAGAACCAGAGAUACCACCCCCCAAGAUGGAUUUCCCUUCUCCUCCAAAUCGUUUCAGAGCAGGACCUCCACCCAACAGAAGGCUGUCUGGGUCUAUUGAGGUUAUUGGAGGCCAAUUAAUAACCAUUGCUCGUGUGGAAGGCAGACGUCGUGACAGGGGUGGAGCAGAUGAAAAUACCAUCCAGGUUAUCGGAGACCACCCAGUACCAGAAUUUAAUAACAAUAACACUGCCAAGCGUCCUUCAUUUAUGCCUCCAGGGGCACCUCCACCUCAUAUGACUGGUCCACCUCCCCCGUUCCUGCCCCCUCCUCCACCUGUCAAUACGGGACCUCCAAUUCUUCAUCCACCAGGAAUGCCUUUAACUACUCCACCUCCAGGUUUCCUGCCUCCACCUGGAGCUCCACCACCUUCACUUGUACCACUAGAAAGUGGACCUCCAACUUACAACAGCCGGAAUGCUCCUCCAUUUGGUUAUCCAACCAAUGAUUAUGGUAAUCUGUCAUAUCCGAAUAUCCCGGUUUCUUCCUCCUGGAGCACCUUAAUUGACAACAACAACAAACAACCAGCACAACAACAGCAACAACAUUGGGAUUAUUAUCCACGGAGAGAGAGGGAAAGGGACCGUGAUCGUGAACGAGAACGCACCAGGGAGAGAGAACGAGAUCGGGACAGGGAGCGGGACCAUGAGCGAGAACGUGACCGCAGCCCCAGUUCAAGUGCCUAUAAUGGUGAAGAAAGUCGAUACAGACAUAGAGAAUACUCUUCAGAUAAAGGUUAUGAUCGUGACUACCAUCACCGAGAUAAAGUAAGCAGGGAAAAAGAAGAUCGACACAAAGAACGCAGACACCGUGACAAGGAGGAGGGGAGACAUAAAUCUUCCAGAAGCAGCAGCAGACGGCGCCAUGACAGUGAAGAAGUAGAUGGCCACAAACGACAUAAACACAAGAAAUCUAAGCGAAGCAAGGAAGAUAAAGAAGCCAGUGAAGAGCGUUCCCAAGAACCAGAGCCGAGUGAAGCUGCUAGCAGUAAUUAGAUCUCUGGAUAUUUGCUUGUUGGCUACAUUGUUGCUAAAAAUAGGAAGAAAAAAUGUUGGAAAUGCUUGAAAAUCAUUCAGGUAAUGGCAAAUCUCAUCUGAAUUUCUGAAGAUAUCAGAACAUUAUUUUGAAAGACUGAAGAGAGUGGUGCUUCUCAGCACCAAUUGUGUUGUUAAAAACUGAAUUACUAUGUUUGUAUUAGUUUAUUGAAGAUGAAUAAAAUUUCUGCACUUCUUUAAAAAUA